AUGAAUAAUAAUAAUAAUAAUAAUAAUAAUAAUAAUAAUAAUAAUAAUAAUAAUAAUAAUAAUAAUAAUAAUAAUAAUAAUAAUAAUAAUAAUAAUAAUAAUAAUAAUAAUAAUAAUAAUAAUAAUAAUAAUAAUAAUAAUAAUAAUAAUAAUAAUAAUAAUAAUAAUAAUAAUAAUAAUAAUAAUAAUAAUAAUAAUAAUAAUAAUAAUAAUAAUAAUAAUAAUAAUAAUAAUAAUAAUAAUAAUAAUAAUAAUAAUAAUAAUAAUAAUAAUAAUAAUAAUAAUAAUAAUAAUAAUAAUAAUAAUAAUAAUAAUAAUAAUAAUAAUAAUAAUAAUAAUAAUAAUAAUAAUAAUAAUAAUAAUAAUAAUAAUAAUAAUAAUAAUAAUAAUAAUAAUAAUAAUAAUAAUAAUAAUAAUAAUAAUAAUAAUAAUAAUAAUAAUAAUAAUAAUAAUAAUAAUAAUAAUAAUAAUAAUAAUAAUAAUAAUAAUAAUAAUAAUAAUAAUAAUAAUAAUAAUAAUAAUAAUAAUAAUAAUAAUAAUAAUAAUAAUAAUAAUAAUAAUAAUAAUAAUAAUAAUAAUAAUAAUAAUAAUAAUAAUAAUAAUAAUAAUAAUAAUAAUAAUAAUAAUAAUAAUAAUAAUAAUAAUAAUAAUAAUAAUAAUAAUAAUAAUAAUAAUAAUAAUAAUAAUAAUAAUAAUAAUAAUAAUAAUAAUAAUAAUAAUAAUAAUAAUAAUAAUAAUAAUAAUAAUAAUAAUAAUAAUAAUAAUAAUAAUAAUAAUAAUAAUAAUAAUAAUAAUAAUAAUAAUAAU